UACACAUAACUAUAAGACUGGUCAUAAUUCCAGCAGGCUCAUGCGCAUACUCAUAUUAAUACUACUACAUUUAGACUUAUAAAAACUAAUGUAUUUUGAGUCUCAUAAAAUCAUAUUUCAAAGGAUCAAAUCAAUGAUUAUUUAUAAUUAGCUAAGAUUUUGCAUUAUUUACUAUUGGAUGAAGCAUAUAUAAUAUAUAAUUAAUAAUUUGAUUACUUUUAAUUAAUUCUCAAUUAUCAGUAUGUCAACAAUUUUAAGGCGAAUUUUGUCCCCCUCAACAACAGCUGUCAAACUUUUUUUUAAAAACAUUUCCCCCCCCCCCUUAAGUAAUGAUUAUAAUGUCAAAAAUUGUUGACACCUUUCAAGACAAGAGAAUGACAUUUUUUUAUAAUUAAUAUGGAUCAUUUUUCAUGCUAAACAUAUAGAAAACAACAAAUUGAUUAAAAUUUCUUUUCAAAAUUUAUUUUUUUUAAAUUAAUUUGUAGAUUCAAUUUUAUAUGGUGGAAAAGACUUAGCAAGUUCGAAUGGUCAAUUUACUAGGGUGCACAGUAUUUGCAUGUCCCAAGGCUCUGGUAAUCAACUAUACACAACUGUCUGUAGGCAUCAGGAACCUGCCUAUAAAUUACCAUUCUCAGAUUUUAAACAUUCAGUGAGCAAGUUCAAUAGAAAGCUUGUAAAAAGUGAGUCCUAGUCCUACCCAAUUCCUCCACAGCCCCGCCCAAGACCUAUCCUGCCCAGGAUCAUAUUCAAAGUUCUGCCUACAGACCUCCUGCCGUAUGUCAAUGAUUACUGUAUAACAAAUGUUAUUCACAUCAAUAAGCUUAUACUCAGAGGAGAUUAAUUUUUGCAAACCGCAUGUACAACCAAGUCCUACCAAAGUAUUACAGGUACCGGUACCAGUAUCAUAAUACAAAUCCAUAUUUUCUCUCCUCGGCUUUAACGCCAUGUUAUUUAAUGUCAUCUCAAGGAAAUGCUGGAAAAAUUACAUUUGCUGAAUUGAUAUCUAUUUUCAGUUAUGAUUAAAACAUUUUGAGUCGCACUGAAUCCAUAACAAGGCACCGUGACAUCACAUCCACUUUUCAACCAUGACCACCACACGGCUGAAUAAAAACGCCAUAUUAAUACCAGUCCUCUUAAUUGGGUCAGCUGCUUUCAUUUACAUUUUGACGAGGCGAGUUGGUGAGUCGUUGUUUCUUUGUUGAUGUUGUACCAAUAUUGGGUUGAUUAAAUAGUUAUCCAGCGAUGGCAACAAAAUACACCAUCAAUAACUUAAAACUUUAAUUUCAACAAAUUCAGUAAUAUAUAGAUCGAUUAUUUGGCUACCAUAUUUGUCAAGGAACAUUAAAUUUAUUGUUUUACUUUCUUUUUUAAUUACAGGAAGCACACUAUGGAAGAGGGGUGUAGAGGAAGGUAAGGGUGGUUGUGUGGAAUGUUAUACUUUUGUAUUGGUACCACUUGUUUUUCCAAAUGUUGACAUUUCACUGACAUAAAUUGAUUAAUUAUAAGUUUGCUGGGGUUUAAAUUACCUUCAGAACCGUUCAAAAACCAUCUAUUUUACUUUUAGGUUAAUUUUUUGUUAUCCACUUAUAUACCGGUACCUCAUUUUGUGAGUCUCUGUCCCACUAUUUAUGAUUCAUUUAUCUAUAUAUAUAUAUAUCCCCCCACAGUCAGUGUGAACUAUAAGCCACAGGUUUAAGUCUACACUGGAUGACAUUGAAUACUGAACUGUCAUCCACUUACAAUCCAUGAAUAAAUUAAUGUGUAGGACACUUUAUUCCAAUUCCAAUAUAACGUAGCUCAAUACAUGAUUAAGUGUCAUUCUUGUGUUACACACCCACUGAGUUUCUUAUAAACAAGUUUCAGAAAGUAGUCAGGAAAAAAAAUGCUAUAGAUUUUUUCUGCCUGCGAAUAUAUUUUGUCCCUUGCCGCAAUAAUUGAAUUAUUUUUGUUUAGGCUGUAAACUAGAUAAAUAAAAACAUAGGAAGCAAUCCACGUAAAACUUCCCGUUACCUUGAUGUAUGCCAGUUAACCACCACAUCCCUCCCCACCCCUGCAUUUAGUUUGUAUCGUGUGUCUGUUUCCAACAGGUCUUGAUAAGCCAUCAAAGCCUGACAUGAAACCAGAAGUGAAGAAGCCAGACAAAAUUGGUUUGGAUGGGCAUUACCUCCCCUUUUAUGGUUUUACCAUAGUGUCUAUGUUGACGGACAGACUUCAGAUGGAGGAUGUGAUCAAAUACAUUAAAAGCACUGAAGCCUUGAGCAAAUACUUGGCUCCGUUGCCCAUUUCUUCAUAUCACGUCACCAUCUUUGAUAUAUUUACCCAGCGGAGCGUUCCAGAAAAAUAUCGCCCAAAAUCAGGUUUAGUUCCAUCAAAACAUUGGGCCAAAGCCUUGGAAAACUUUCGUUCGGACAUGACAGAGUCGCAGAUGAUGUGCGACAAAAUCCAGGGCCAAAACUCUUUCAGACCCAACAACUUCAAAUUCCAGCCUAAACUAGGGAGGCCUCUACUUGUGGAGGGAACCAUAACAAACUAUCAAGAAGUGACACGAGUGAGGAACAAUUUGACAUCAUUACUUAAGAAGGAUGAUGGGAAUCGUGUGUUUCACUUCACACUGGGAUACAUUUAUCGCGAUGUGGACAGACAAGAUUUAGGCAUUAUUGAUAAGGAGCUUGUUGGACUGUGGAAAUUGUUAAACACAGAAUAUGAACUUGACCAGCCUAAUGUUUAUUAUUUUGAAACAAUGGAAGAAUUUAUUCCUUAUAAAACUCUGUUGAUAUAAUCAAAUCCAUUCUUGUCUUGUUGGUUUAAUUUUACUUUUAACACUGAGCUUUUUUUUAUUUCAAUUUUCUCUUCUGUUAUUAUUUUUUAAAUAUUUUAUAUAUUUAUAAAUAUAUAUAUAUAUGAAUUUAUAUGUUAUGAGAUUAUACAUUUUUAAAAAAAACUAGAUAUGUCUGCAUUGAAUACUAUUUUCUUACAUGCUCUAAUGGUUUUAUCAUGCUGCAUUUCAACUGUUUAUACAUGCAUCUGUUGUUUACCCUUCUCCAAUAAUAAAUAACAUCUAAGUCAAUUGCGUGGUCACUUUGUUGUUCUGUAAUUCAAAUUCUGUCAAGCUCAUAAAUUCAGUAGGAUGUUAGCUUGUUUUAUUAAAACUGGGUUACUUUUUUAUCAGUUUAUCAAAUAUGUGGCUUUGUUUCACUUGAAGCAACAUAGAUGUAUUAACUACCAUAACUUUGUUAUUUAAAAUCCUGUGUCCAUGUAUAGGCUAGUAGGGUUUCCCAACCUUUUCUAAUAUUCAGCAAGGAUAUGAAUAGUAUGGCUAAGUCUCACACUCGCUAUGAAUAGUUUGUCUAAGUCUCACACUUCAUAUGAAUAGUUUGACUAAGUCUCCUACUCCAUAUGAAUAGUUUGACUAAGUGUCACACUCCAUAUGAAUAGUUUGACUAAGUCUCUCAUUCCAUAUGAAUAGUUUGACUAAGUCUCACACUCCAUAUGAAUAGUUUGACUAAGUCUCACAACUCCAAUGAAAAGUUUGACUAAGUCUCACACUCCCAACGAAUAGUUUGACUAAGUCUCAUGCAUCCAAUCAAGCACAUACAAAACUUAAAAUCGAUUUUACAACUGAAAAAAAAAUGGACCUAAGAAUUGUUGAAUUUCAAAGAGAAGUGUAGAACUUAUAAAUAAAAGUGUGACUUAAAAGUUGUCAAAAUAUGGUACUUUAAAUGUUAAUGAAGAUAUUUUACAAAUUUACAAACAUUCAGUUGAUAAAUUUAAAGUCAAUGUCCCUCAUAAUAAAUUUAUAAUUAAUAUAAGUCACCUUGUACCACUUGGAAUCUCCCCAGGUUAGGAAUCCCUGGGCUUGAAUUUUUAUUGAUUUCUGGUAGGCUGUAAUGGCUAGACUAUAUGUAUUUAUUUUCUUGACAAAAGAUAGCAGGAUUCUUUACUUUUAUCUCCAGGUGACAAAGUGAAAGGGCGGUUCUUUAAAAUCAACUCUGCCGGCAAGUAUAUCCAGUUCCAUGGAUAUACUGUCGUGUCAAUGGUGCAGGCACGUAUGAGAUACAACAACAUCGUAAAACAUCUACAAACUUCCAAAGUUUUAAGCAAAUAUCUGGCCCCACUACCUGUCUCUUCUUACCACGUGACUAUGUUUGACUUAUUCACUGAACGGAAUGUUCCAGAAAAAUACCAGCCCAAAUCUAAGCUGGUCGCCACCAAACACUGGCUGAAUGCUGCAGACGACCUCCAACAGGACCUGUCUGCUGUACAGAAAAGCUGUUACAGCUUUAUAGGAGACAUGGUUUUCAAAAAAGAAAGAUUUCAGCUAGGUAAAUACCCAGGUGAUGGUCUCUCGGUCCAUGGCAGCGUCACCAACAUGGAAGAGGUGACCAGACUGAGGCAGGAUAUUGCAGGGAUAUUCCACAGUAGCAAACCUCGACCGUUUCACAUGACCUUGGCUUAUAUUUUCAGAAAGAUUGAGGACAGCGAUGUUCAAGCUGUGAAUGAAGAAAUCCAACAUUUGUGGAAUCUAAUCAGAGACGAAUAUCCACUCGAACAGCCGAACUUAUUCUAUUUUGAAUCUAUGGAGGAAUUCAUACCAUAUACAAGAUUUUAUUAAAAUGUAAAUAUAGUAAAUAUGUUGGUGGGAUUAUGUCCAUAAGCAUUCAUGGCAAUGACCUGUGCUCACAAGCUACGGCUACGACUUAUAUUAUAUUUACAUGUUCCAAGAGUGUGCCCCUGGCCCUGGGCUACCUCACAGGGACCACAGCUACUUCACUGGGGCCCCAUGAAUUGUAGAUAAAUCAACUGCUCGAUAAAGUUAAAUGUGACCCCACGAGAAAAAUGUGUACCCAGUAUACCAAUAUCACAAAAAUAUAUUUUAAAAAUGCACUAAGUUUUGAUUUUUAUACCAUUUUUUUUUAAAAAUAGUAACUGGUGUCUUUAACCGACUACAAUUAAUCUAGUGGAACCUAUUAAAUAUCGCUAUGCUCGAUAUAUUUGAUGAUCAUAAUUUUUUAAAGGCUAAUCUUGGAAGAGGCUUACACUUUACACUUUCUUCGAUUAUAAGUAUCGUAAUGUUUUGAAAAUUGGCGAAUCCUGAUAUUAUAAGGCAAAGUCUUACUUUACUUUGUUCGCAUAUAUUGGUAUUUUAAAAAAAUAUAUAUUUUUUUUUGUGCAACUUUAAAAUUAAAGACUUUAUUAAACUACCUUUACAUCCAUAUAUAAAGGUCUAUAAUUUAGAUAUAGUUCCUGCAAAGUAUCAUACAUGUGCAUUGUGUUUUCCAGUUAUAGACUAUGUCCUCAUAAAAGCCUGAUUUUUAAAGUAGGAAAAAUUGUAUGAUGGUAUCCUUUUUUAAAAAAUUGAGAUAUUUUGGUUGAGCAUAAUUUUAAAGUUAGCUAAAAUUCCAUGCAUGUUGAGCCAGAUAAAAUAAAAACUAACGAAAUUGAUAAGGUUUUUUUUUUUUGGUGGCAUUUUCUUUAACUUUAAUAAAUGUGCUACUUUUGUUACACAGUUUCCUGAAUAACAGAAUUGUUUUAUUUUUUUAAUACUUUACCCAUAUUUACGAAAUUACCAACUGCUUUUCUCUUUUUAAUAUCAUAGUAAUAAACAAUCUACACCACCUAUUUGAAAUUUUUUUUUAAAUUAAAUUCAUUUCCAUGAUAAAUACAGUAGAAAUCUAUUUUUUUUUUGUUGUAAAGUUACAGUAGUUUGAAAUUCCAAAUAAACAUUCCUAUUAACUGUAUACCUUAUUAUUUUACGAUUUCCCUCAUAUAAAAUUAUACAAUAAUAAAUAUAUGAUAUUUUGUAAACAUUUCCUGUACUACCUUUAACGUACUCAUGGCGCUCAUAUGCCAUUUUAAAAAAAAAUAGGCCCACCAGUUUAAAAAAAAAAAGCAUGAAAAUGUAGAUCUAUAGAACUUUGAAAAUGUAGAUCUAUAGAACUUUGAAAAUGUAGAUCUAUAGAACUUUGAAAAUGUAGAUUAUAGAACUUUGAAAAUGUAGAUUAUAGAACUUUGAAAAUGUAGAUCUAUAGAACUUUGAAAAUGUAGAUCUAUAGAACUUUGAA